UUUGUCCUUCACAUAACCCGAAGGCAUCAUUGCAUGUAGUAUUUGAAGUGAUUCAUACGGAGAUAGUGUGGUAAUUUAAUAGCUAGGAGCUAAGGUGUCUCUACAUACAUGUAUAUGCAGUCCUGAGAGACUACCCAGUAUCGUGUCGCGUUUCGGACCAUUUGUUUUGAGGACAUGUUUAUAAAUAAUGCGGGGAAAGGUUGUAUCAAAAGGUGAAAUUAGAUCCCAGCGUGUGUCCAUUGAAAAUUGACCGGAAAUAGAUCGAUAUUGGCCGCUUACCUGGUUUAAAGACGAUCGGAAAUUUGCUACUGUCAACACGUGUGUUUUUCAGCGUGUAUAUUACAGAGCUUAUGACUAAGGGCAUACAGGUGUGUCCACAUACAUGGUUGUUUAUAGUGCAUUUUGAAUUAAAUACAAAAUGGCGAUAGACCGAAAAAUUUCUAUCAUCGGUUUAGUGGCAAUCGUGGUGCUGGUUUUAGGCGGGAUUCUUCAUAUAGUGGCGCUGGCCUCGCCGUACUGGCAUCAGACAUACGCUGACUUAUAUGGAGGGACUGCGCGUCUUCAUAUCGGAAAUGCCGGACUGUGGGUGGAAUGUAUCUCGUGGAGAGGGGCCACAACGUGUAUAUCACCUGGAAUAUCUGACGAAGCCUGGAUGGGCGCUACCCGGGCCAUGGCGAUCCUGGGCAUGCUGGCCGGCAGCGGGGCCCUAGUGAUGUUGGGGAUGUAUACAUUUCUGAGAUUGGACACCUGGAGUCGGAUUCUCAAACUGUCAGUCAUCGGAACCAGUAUUACUGCAGGCGUUUUGAUACUGAUAGGCGCUACGAUUUAUGGAGCCAGUGCCACAGAUGGAAAAUACCCGCCAUCUACAUUCGACAUUACUGUAAGCAGACGAAUAGUCUACACAAUGUCUUGGGCGUUUGGACUGUCUAUAACUGGCGCCAUUUUAUGCUUUGUUAGUGCAAUACUCACAGGAUUUGCCACGAAACCUAAACUAUGAUGCCAUCUCUAGCUUAGUCUGGAACUGAAAAUCUGUUAUGCAUUUUUUUAUGCCCCCGAGAUCGAAGAUCAGGGGGCAUAUUGUUUUUGUCCUGUCUGUCAUUCUGUCUGAAACAUUAACCUUGAUAAUAACUUUUGAACAGUAAGUGAUAGAGCUUUGAUAUUUCACAUGAGUAUUCCUUGUGUUUUUAUGCCCCCGAGAUCGAAGAUCAGGGGGCAUAUUGUUUUUGUCCUAUCUGUCAUUCUGUCUGAAACAUUAACCUUGAUAAUAACUUUUGAACAGUAAGUGAUGGAGCUUUGAUAUUUCACAUGAGUAUUCCUUGUGUUUUUAUGCCCCCGAGAUCGAAGAUCAGGGGGCAUAUUGUUUUUGUCCUGUCUGUCAUUCUGUCUGAAACAUUAACCUUGAUAAUAACUUUUGAACAGUAAGUGAUAGAGCUUUGAUAUUUCACAUGAGUAUUCCUUGUGACAAGACCUUUCCGUGGGUACCAACAAUUUUUACCUGUGACAUUGACCUUGGAGUUUGACCUACUUUUUGAAAACUUUAACCUUGGUAAUAACUUUUGAACAGUAAGAGAUAGAGCUUUGAUAUUUCACAUGAGUAUUCCUUGUUACAAGAUCUUUCCGUUGGUAUUGAACCUUUUGACCUUGACAUUUGACCUACUUUAAAUUUUAUUUUUACAUUGGUCAUAACUUCUAAAUGAUAAAUAUUAGAGCUUUCAUAUUGUACAUGACCAUUUCUUUUGACAAGAUAUUUGCCCAUGUGACCUUGGCCAUCUUCAGAAUUGGCCAUUAUCGGGGGCAUUUGUGUUUCACAAGCACAUCUUGUUUAAAGAAUGGAUAUUAUUAGAUAUUUGGAUUUAAAACCUUUUACAAGAUAUGUUUAUGUUGUCUGUGUAGUUGUGUAUGUAUUUAUAUAUGAUUUUUAAUAAAUAGACCAAUGUUACAAUGUA